AUCUUGACAGCAGGAGGAGGCUGAAAUAAUUGCUACCCUCAGAGGUUUGUUGAAAACGAGGAGGUCCCACCCACGGUGGCCCGAGAAGGUUUCCAUUCAUCAUGUCCCACAUCUGGCUACGAGAAUUUGUUGACCGUCGCCCAGGGAUUCCACCCAGUAUAUUCAUUAACCAUCAAGGAAAGGACCUCCAGGGCUAUUACCCUGGGCAGCUGGCAAGACUGCAUAUUGACCCUAGUGUGAAGACACCUUCCAGACCACUCAUAGACUUGGGCCUUGCAUCCAAGAGAAAAACCCCAUAUCAACCUCAAUUAGAUCAACAGACGCUCACUCAAUAUAUUUGUUUUCGAAGACAUUCAAAGCCUGCUGAACCAUGGUACAAGGAAACCACUUACCAAAGAGACUACUCACUGCCAUUUUACAAGACUGAUGGAGAUCAGAAAUUGGCCACAAUUUCAUCAAAUCCUGAGCCACUUAAUACAUUGCCAGAGCUCUAUUGUGGUGAAGAGAGGCAACUUUGGAAAAAAUGCUUUUAAACUAAAAGAACCAUGGCAUUCAAACAAAAUAAAUGUUGGCAUUCUUAGUGACUCUCACACAGAUUAAUUGCAGAACUAUUUAAUUUCAGUGUAUAUA